AUGGCAAAAUCCAAAGGAAAGGUUGAGCUUCAGGUUAGUGUAGUGAGAAUUGAUAGUAAGUCAAAUACAUGAAGAGUUUUACGAACACCAACGGCAAAGUUUGUUCAAUUAUUUUCUGAACUGAAGUCUUUCAUCAUGCUUCACUUGAGCUUAUACUGCAAUGAAAGACGUGAAAUUUGAGCAUAUUUUAGAAGUUUUUUACCGGUUUUCUGAAAAACUUAGUCCACUUAACAAGGUGAAUAUAAUAUACUCUUGUCAGUGUAUCAAUAUUGGGACUAUCACUUUUUGAAUACAAGAUCAGAGCACUGAGGUGAGAAGUGAAAUAUAAACAUCAUAAAAAAUCUCAACAUGUCCACAUGUCACCACUAAGGGAAUAGCGCAAACAAAAUAUUUAUCCCUCUAUUUGCAGUCAACAGUUUGUCGUCUCCAUUUUGAGCUCUUUGGCUUAGGCCAAUUCAUUCAAUUUGCAGUCGUUAGAGCUCAGUAUCGAUACUUGAGAAAACUUCAACACAGUAAUCGGAACAUUGAUCUCAUUAUAUAAAGUGUAACCUUAACAAAUUUAUCUUUCUAUUCAGUAUAGUUGUAGAAUGCCAUUCCUAUCUCGUCAAGGAAACCAGGAAAAUUAAGUUUUAGAUCGUUAAGAAAAUAUCAAGUCCUGCAUUUAAGCAACAAUCGAGUUUGCAAACACUGAUUUACCAGUUCCAAAUUCAAAUUCAAAGUUAACUCAACUGCGUUUGAAAUAUUUAUAACCUAUUUUUCCUGCCGUGAAGUGAUAAAUAGUAUUAUAAACAUUAACCAUAUGGGGUUAGAUAUGAAUAAAAUUAGUAAUGUAUCUUAGAGACCAUUUUGUUUGAAUUCAAUAUGGCGUACAUUAAGAAGAAUCCGGACGCUCUUAAACCUUUACAGGCAAGGCUUUAGACUCUUAAUGAUGUAAAUUGUGCCUAACAUGUCGUAUUUGUUCGCGGUAGCGUCGCUAGAGAAACUGAACCACUAUUGUUGUACCUAUUUUAUUCGUCGCUUCUUUGCAUCAAAUCAUAACAACCUCGAGCGCCAAGCUGAUUCGUUGCUGUCUACGAGUUGUUAUUUCGUUCUGUUGAUUGCUCCCGGUUUUUUCUAUGAUUUAGUUCCACUGUGUGACUCUGAACUCAGCACUCUAAAAUUAUCAUUGCAAUACUAACAUUUUCUCUUGGGAAUAGCUAAAGUUCUGGCUAUCAUUAAAAAAAAUACUUCAUGUAAACAGAUCAAAGGCCCGAAGACUCUUAGCUUAUAAUGGCUUACUUUAACUGCAAAGACGUUUGAAUUGCGCUUUUGACAUACCUCGCUGUUUCCUUGCUUUUAUAUCUUUGCGUUUUUUAAUUUAAGCGAAAAGAAAACAUCUUUUGUUUCUCUCAGAGAUCAUGAUCAUAUGUUUAACAGAGCUAAGCUUUUAAUUAACUUGGAUAGCUGGAUGCUUUUGAGGCAAUUACCUGCCCCCUACCCCCUUACAUCGGCUGUGUGAUUUUUUUUUACAAAAAAGGAUGUUUCAGCUGAACUCUUGAGGUCUGACAGUGGCACAAGGCUGCUCAUGAUGUAAACACUGCACAAGUAUUAGCCUUGAUGUUGCAAUUCCAGACUAAAUUCCUGCCCAUGAACUGAGGCCAAAAUACAGUUUUAUAAUCUGUUAAUAUUUUAGUCAAAACCAUGACAAAGUUCUUGAACAUGAUUGGUUAUCACCAGCCCCAAUUUGAGCACUAAUAGAACACUGUGCACUUCAUGCUUGUAAUUGGAUAGUGUAAUAGGACAGUUAAAGGGACAGUUAACAUGUCAUGCCUGUGUAGGUGGAUAGAACACAUCAUGUGGGCACACUGUUGUCUCACAUUUUGCCAAGUUAACUGUUUUUUUUUUAUGGAAACCUCUAAUGGAUGUCUAGUUUCUCUCUCAAAUGUUGUCAUAGUUUUUAUUAAUUGGUAACAGGACUUUGUGCUGUCCAAUUCUGUCUGUAAUCAUACUUAUCAGACUCCCGCUUCGCUGUCUUCCGAUUUUUUUCAUCCAUUGUAUGAUUACAGACCGAUAUGGACUCCACUCAGACCUAUUACCAUUAUAAAUAUAUCAUACAUGUAUGUGUAUGUAGAUAUUUGUAGGGGAUUGUGUGAUCAGUACAGUGCAGCUGGUUAAUGGUCUUAAGUUUACAACCAAGAAUUUAAACCUUCAUAACUGUGGUUCUGGCUGAGAGAUUUCAGAAAUCAGUUGGCUAAAUAACAAGUGCUAGCUAAACAGUGGGUCAUUGGGUACAGCUAAGAUCUCACUAUGUUUAAGUGUAUUAUAUAUCGAUUUCACAAAGAAAGUCAAGUCUUGCAAGAAUAAUAGCACACCUUUUUAGCCACUAUAGAAUUAUUAAUUAUUUAUAAUUUGAGGAUCAACAGAAAAUUAAGUCUCACAAACUAAGUACUCCAUAAUUACCAUAUUGUUUAUACAAUUUUGCAUUCAAACUACAGCCAUCUUGAUAAUAAUUUUGAACACAGCUGUAGUAAAUUUUAAUGAGCUGCCAAGAGAGAUUACAUUAAAUGGAGUUUGUCUUUCUUACUUAAAGGUUGAAAUUAAAACCCAGGAGCAAUGGGAUGAACUUUUAUCAAAGGAAGGCUUGAUAGGUACAGUGUAACUUGGUGCAAAUAUUUCAUGAUCUAAAUUUGUCCUUGGUUUUGGUCUUUUUGAACCAGUUUGAUAUGAAUUAAAUGUGUCUUGGACUGUCACAUAGUGAACAACAAAGAAAAUGAAUGAAUAACUGAAAUCAACAAAUAUCAUGAAACCAGUGUAAACUGUAAAAUUAAAGGAAGGGAAAUUUUGCAUAUCAAUUUGCUAAAUAGUUUUAAUGUUAAAAGGCCGUAAAAAAUGUAAAGCUUAUCAAAAUGAUUUAUUGGAUGUAUUCAUAUUUUAUAUAAUUUUCACAGUGGUAGAUUCCUAUUCAGCUUGGUGUGGUCCAUGUAAAGCUAUUGUUAGUUCCUUCAAGAGACUUAAGAAUGAACUGGGAGAUGACCUGCUUGUGUUUGCAACUGUAAGUUUUCAAUAUUAUGACUAUUAUCAUUUUUGCUAUUAUCAUCAUUUUCUUAUCGUGUAAUUGUUAGUUUUAUCACUUAUUAUUAUUAUUUUUAUUAGGAAUGUUGACACCUGAAAAAGCUGAAAUAAAUGCUGAAAAAAUCUAGAAAAUCUGGAAUAUGCUGAAAAAAGCUGGAAAUUUAUACAUUAUCUUAAUCACCAAUUCUUUAAGGAGCAUGAAAGAAUUUUCUAGAAAAUUAUAGAAAUCCAAAUUUUGUAAUAAGCUGGAAAAAGCCUGAUUUUAUCCUAGUUGGUGAUUUCUGGAAUAAGCUGGCAAAUUCUGGCAGAUUCUACCCUAAUUAGCAUGUUUCAUUAACAUUCUAGAAUAUUCUAGAAUUUUCUAGAAAAGAAAACUGGUAAAUUCUAGAAAUUUCUAGAAGUAUUUUCUGUCAUAUUUCUAGAAAUUUUCCAGAAAUAACCAGAAUAUUCCAGUUUUAUUUUGCAAGGGUAAUCUUUUGAACACAGGUUGACUGCCUCAUCCAUCAUGUUUCUCAAAGAGCAUGUUGAGUAAAAUUUUGCUCUUAGUUUCUUCUUUCCUCAUGAUGUGUUUUAAGAUUGAGGCACAGCAAUGCUAAAAUGAAAGUUACAGAAUUCGAAGUUACAUCUCCCUCCUUUCUGUGUAUCUAUAAAACAGUAUACAAAUUUAAAACAACGAUGCAAAAACAACAUGGUAGAGAUCUGGAUGAUUGACAAUAUUUGCACUGCAUGGGCAUAUCCAACAGGAAGGUGUGUGAAGCUUAAAUGGAAUGUAAAGGGAUUGAGUGUGAUGGGGAGGUUGAUUUCCAAACCAAAAAACCCUUUUUUAGUUGGGGAGUGCCUUUUUUUAAUCAAACAAUGCAGGAAAUCAAUAAUCUUAGGAUGUCAAGGAUGUUAGGUGGUGUAAGCAAAAUAAACUUGAAAUUGUGUUUUUAUAUCAUGAUUAUAACUAUAUUUAAUAUAUCAAUUUAAUAUGUAAACUUUUUGUUAUCUUUUAUAUCCUAGCUAAUGAUAUAAUUUAUGGUGAUUUUUUGUUAUUGACUACUUUUGUGUUACUGUAAUAAUUGCUUUUAAAAGGCUGAAACAGAUUCCAUCAAUUCUUUGGAAGCUUACAGAAUGAAAAGUCAACCAACAUUCCUGUUCUAUGCUGUAAGUAAAGUAAUUGAACUAUGUAAUUUCCAACCACUACACAUUGCACAUUAACUGAAUUUUUGGGAGGAUUUUUUUACUUUGUUCAAAAGUACUGCUAUUUUUGUCUGUAUCCAAAUCAUGAAUAGUAGAACAUUGCUCUGAAGAUUUUUUUCUCAGUUAUGAAAUAAAAUGUUUCUUGAAACUUAUGGAGUAUUUUACAAGCUAAACAACUGACUCUAUUUAUUAUACUCAGAGAGGAUACACUUAAUUUCACACAAUGUUUUUAUUCUUCUUGAGGGUGGUAUUUAUACUGAUCAAUAUAUACAUGCAUGUAUUAUGUUCAAAGCACAAGUAGUACAGCACAGGGGGGAAAUCUUUGUUCUUGGUAAUUUAACAUAAGGAUAGUGAACUUUAGUGGACUGUAAAUGUUCACAGACCAUAUGGUAUCAAAUUUGUGGUCUUUUAGGGUGGCCUUCUGGUAAAUGUUGUUAGAGGAUGUAAUUGCCCUCUCUUGAUUAAGACGAUUCGAGGUGAACUUGAACAAGAACACAAAGUUAUUGAUGGAAAGAGUGAAAGAGUUCCAGUAAGUAUUAGAUGUUUCUCACAAAGUUAGGAAUGGUCAGCUAUCAUAUGGCAUUAAGAUGCCUUUUCCCAAGUUUCCACAGUCAUUUCAAAAUUUGUUUCUUUCAUGAUAUACAUGUACAUGUAUUAAGUACAAUGUAACUGCAGCUGCUGUUACAUAUAACAUGUAACAGCAUGUAACAUGUAACUACAGCUGCUGCAUCAUGCAUUGACACCAUUUCUUGGUGCAGUCAACUCCUAGUCAGCACACUAUAAUUUUGAUCAUGAACCUCUGGCUAAAAAUGGAUAUCUCAAUCCAAAAUCAAUUUCUCCUGGAUUUCCACUAGGUAUGCAUUAAAUGUAUUUUCAUCCUGUUAUGUUUUACAUGAAAUCUUACAAACUAAUACCUGUUACUAACUCAAAGUAACUUAAAUUCCCUUCUUAACUUGUUCUUCAUAAUCUUAAUCUUAACUUGAACUAUGUUCAUUAAAGUAGGUAUUAUGUAAUGUAAAACAAACAGAUAAAUUUAAAUGAGAUGGUAAGUUGUAGAAAUUGAAUUCAGUGAUCUAGAGUAAUCCUGUAAAGGAUUGUUGUGAGUACAAUUGUAGUGCUGACCAAAAUUUUGAUAACCUCAGCCAAAGUCAUCAACCAAGUCACCUCAGUCUAAAAAUGUCAAACAUCAUUCAAUACUAACAACAGUUUUUACCACUAGGAUUGCUCUCACCUUGAUGAUCAAUUACACAAUGAAAUGCUACUCCAAGGUUUUUUCAAACCAUUAAUUGUUUUAUGUUAAAGUUUGUUGAUCAAGAAGCCUUCAAAGAAACAGUUUUUGAGGAGAAAAAAGAUGAAGAAAAGGAGAUUGAGGAUGAGGAAGAGGAAAUAGGUGAGCUUCUGUAAGGAUGAGAUUGUUGGGAUUUGGCAUUGAAUAGACGGUUUCAAAGUUUCAGAUUGCAAACUAUGUUAUUCAAAUUUUAUUUACACUUGAAAUAGGCUGGAGUGCACAAUAAUGGGCUUUUUUCCAUUAAAUUAAAGCAAGGACUCAGAAAUAUGUGUAAAUGUGUAUUCAUGGUAGUUUUACUCUCACAGCUUUAAUCAAAUGAAUACAAUAUCAACAGACUCCAACCUGUUUUAUUCAGGAAAGAGGAGAGAAUAUUAUGAUCUUUUCCAUUUUUAAGAACAGAGCAGUUGACCAAUAAAUUUGAUUACUACUGGGCAUAUUAGUCACUGAUUUAAGAGAAGUAGGACAAUCCAAAAUAUCAAGUACUGUGCAUUUAAUUGCAGCACACCUGCCAGGAUCAUUGCUUGGUUUGAUUUUCAUCCACAGCUCAAAUUAAACUUAUUUCAUGUAGAAUUGUGACCACAUUUCUCUACGGGAUUGAAGAACAGUGCAAAAUUUGUGUGGCUUCCAAUGUGUGUCUUUGUAAUAUAUAUAUUUACUUACACUUAAUUUCAUCUACAUGGAAACUAAUUAAAAACUGUUUGACUUGUUAAAGCUGAGAGGAUGACUAGAAGUAUGAGCCUAAAGGUAGAGACGACAGUACUAAAAAAAGGUAGCCAGUGAGAUAGUGUAACUAAUAAGAUAGUUUGUUUUAAAAGGACCAGGAAAACAGUCUUAUAUGUACACUGGUAACCUGUUAUUUCUUAUUGUAGCUUAAAUCAGGUUGCUGAUAAUCAGUCAGGUUUGUUAGUGUAGUUUUAGUUUUGAGAGAAUGUUUCUGAUGGAGUGCACUAUAAAAUAGAUUUCAACUUUCUUGGCAUAAAGAUUGAUACAAAAAUGUAAUGCAUGCAGUAUAUUUCAAAAUAGCUACUUGACUGCCAAUUACGCUUUACAACAAUUGAAAUUACAGGUGUUUCAGAGGGUCUGCACUCACUCUAACUCUUUUCACUUUGUUUAUUCCUGUAGUGGAAAUUCCCAAACAAGUUACUUUUGCCAUCAUUAAACCUGAUGCUGUUAAAGCUGGACUUGUUGAUGAGAUUAUUCAGAAGGUAAUUAUUACACCAUGUUUUGCUAGUAAAUAUUUUUUUGUGUGUGAUGUAAAUGCUAAUACUAAGUAUUUUCCCAUGGCCUCUCUGAACUACUACCCCUUUAUAGUCUGUUCUCUGACCAACUGAUGACCCCAUCUUUGUCACUUAUGGUAAUACAGUUAACUGUACAACUUGCAUGAAUUUGAAUUGACAGGUUGAAGAGUCUGGUAUGGAGGUUCUCAAGAAAGAAGAAAAAACUUUGUCAAAGGAUGAGGCUGCAGAAUUUUAUAAGCAACAUGAAGGAUCUGAACACUUUGAUCAACUGGUUGAAUUUAUGACUAGGUAUUGUGAACACAAAAGCUCAGUUCAGAUAUUUUUUAAGUUCAACAGCAGCAGUCAAAGGUUUAAAAUGAAGUUGAUCUUUUUUUUUUCUUAACAAGGCAAAAAUUUAGUGUAUUCAGUGGCACACAAAACAUCUAGACAGGUUGAGAGGGAUUCAAUUUUUCCUCAACUCUCAAAUCACUUUUAAUUUUUGCUAUUAGCACCCGGCCUGUCUGUUUGUGAGGAAUUAACACCCCCAUAAUUUGUCAUAUGUUUUCCUUUAAUUGUUUUUUAGUGGCCCAUGUAUGACUCUAUUGUUAAGCAAAGGUGGUGACUCUGAUAUUGGUGAUGGUACAAUUGAAUAUUUCCGUGAUCUUAUCGGUCCAAAAGAUGUGAACAUUGCUAAGGAGGAGGCACCAACAAGGUAACAUUAUUUAUAAAGGGUAGCAAAAGGGGGGUGGGGGGGAAAGGAGGGUCCUGAUCCUGUUUCUCAAAAUCUUGCUUUUGUGUAUCCAGGGUUUUAAAGAUUGAAAUAUUGACGUUUUCAUGAAAUGCAAGAAAAAUUCAUGGCUCACAUAUGUUUCAGGAGGAGAAUCACACCUCAAGCUGGUUCAUAAAUUCAUGAGUUAUGCACACCUUUCUGUAAAUUCUAGCAUCACAUAUUAGUUUUGGCCUUAAUCACAUGUCAUGUAUAAACCCUAUGCCACCUUUACUACAUUAAUUAAUAUUUUUAUGUACUACUUAAUUUGUGUCAGUGACAAUAAUUGUCACUGACAAUGGAUAGCCACCACUCUACUGAUAAAAUAAUAAUUAGCAAUUCAGAAUCAAAAGACUUUAAUUUAUUUCAAUGAUUGGCCACUUGCAAGCUGUGAGAGCAAUAUGACAUGCAAUCAACCAUUUGCAUUCAUUUGGUAACCAUAAUUAAAUAUGGGUUAUGAAGACCUCCUGAGGUACUUGCAAAAUGAUACAAAGUUUUUGUUGGUCAUGAAAUAUGUAACAUCUAGCCUGACAUUCAGUUAAUUCUUUCUGCAGCCUGCGAGCUCUCUAUGGUACAGAUACUGUGAUGAAUGCAGUACAUGGCUGUGAUUCUGCUGAAAGUGCAGCCAGGUGAGCUUAUUUACCCACACAACUCUACAGGUGUAUUCAUUUUGAUAUUAAUUAACAUCUAGUUGCUUAAUUAUUAAAAAAUAAGUCAAUAUUUUCAGUUAUCAGCAGUGUGAAUCAAGCACUAACAGAACAGGAUCAGACAUGAUAUGAAAAAUGCUAGCUUAUAUCACUUGAUGUACGGUUUAUUCAAAAACCUCACUCAAAAAUGCAUUGACUAUUGGUAUUUGUUAAUACAUAUAAUCAACAGAAUAGUGGUGUCAUGUAAAACAGAACAACAAAGCAAAAUUACUGUAUCCUUUUAUCUAACAGUUGGACCUCUAGGUCAUGACAAACCUGGAGAAUAGUAUAUGAGAUUUUGACAUAAGUAACAUGUAGCUGGGUGGAUAUCAGUUGUUUUUUUCAAAACAAACCUAUGUCAGGGCUGCCAGGUAAAUUAACUCAAAUUUUCCUUCAUCUGAUAAUAAUUAGAGUGACAGGACUUUUGUUGUUACUGGGAGCAGAUCAAAGUUUUUUUAUUAUAUUUGAAAAGUCAAAGUUUACUAAACUUUAAAACACAUGCUACAGAAAAUUAUGUUUCAUUGAAAUUUCAUCUAGCUCCUUAAUUUCAGGGAGCUUGCAUUUUUCUAUCCCGAUUUUGUGGCUCCUACUGUUACACAAAAGAGAAAGAAGAAGAGGUUACAAAGGACUCUUGCUCUUAUCAGGCCUGAUGCUCUUCGCACCCGUAGAGGUAAAGUAUCAAGAACUUACCAUGGUUUCAAAUUGGUGUCAGCUUUUAAUCUCUUUCUUUUGUCAAUUUCUCAAGUUAAAGAUAUACUUAAAAUUCAUUUCUGCAUUCAAAGAAAUUAAGUUUAACUCCAUACAAUGAAUCUUUUCCUCCCCAAUUUUCUUUGUGUAAAAUUUUACCAUGAAUGUUAGCAUAAUAUUGCUCAUAUAGCAAUCUGGCGGCCCAUUUGUGACCUGAUAAACCUCAUGCCCUCCUCCUGACUCAAAUAAUGAAGUCAAUAAGAGCAUCAGCUGUGAACUCCAUAUUGUGAUCUUUGCCAUUUCAUGCAUAUGCUGCCAUGCUUCUGAGUUGUGUUCAAAGUAAAGGUUACUCCAGAAUCUCAAGACAUUAUUAAGUUUUAAAUUAGCAUUGCAGCAAUGGCAACAAGAAAAGGUUUCAUGAUGGUUUCUGGAGCACAUCUCUUGUGGAGCAAAUUUUUUUUCUGUAUGCCCUACAGUAAGAUGUUACUCACUUUCUAUUAAGUUUAUCAACAAAGUAGAAAAAGAGACCAAACUCAUCAUCAUGUUCAUUUGUCCAUAGCUUAAUUACCAGAAGCUACUGGUUUGUUAAGAUUAUUAAUGGCUAGCCUAAUUAUUCUCAGUUGAGAAGAGUGGUUUGAAGACCAAUUGAAGGUUAGAUGAAUUUUUUAAUGUGCUGUUGAAAAGUAAAGAAAUGAUGAAUUUAUUUCAGAUUCCAUCAUUAGAAAGAUUGAAGAGUCAGGAUUUACUAUAGCCAUGUCAAAGGAAAUGGCACUGUCAAGAGAUCAAGCAGAAGCCUUUUAUGCAGACCAUAAGGAUUCUGAAUUCUUUGAGUCUCUUGUUGAUAACAUGACCAGGUGUGUUACUCUUAGUAAAAGCCUUAAUCAUAAAUGCAUUAAGUAAAGUAAGUAAGUAAAUUUAUUUCAACUUGGGUUAAUGAGGCUGAUCAGGCCCCUAGCAGUAUAUGCUAAUAUGCCAAGAAAAGUAAAAUAAACUGAUGAAUAAUUGGAAAAUGACUAAUAACUAACUUUCUAACUACUUUAAGUUAGAAAACAAUCUUAACUAUUAAAAACUAUAACAGUGAGAAAAUCUUAAUAGACUGUGCUUUGCAGAUGUAGCUCUCUCACAGCAUUCCUAAAUUCCUUAAGAAUUGUCAAUGAGCGUAGUUCAUCUGGUAAGGAAUUCCUCACUGGCACUAAUAAAAGAUGUAGAUUUUAAGCUGAAGGUUGUAGUUUUCUUAUGUGGGAUGACAGGCUUGUUGGUGCCUCUUAAGUUUUUCACAUUAUUUCAUACAACAAACAAGUCACAUUUAUUCCAGUAACAUGCCAUUUACAGCUGUAAAAAUCAUUAUAGCAAUGUCCUGUAGUCAACAAUUGGACAAAGUCAAACCAUAGUCAUCAUUACCAUAAAGAGGUACCCGUUUGUUGUAGACACACCUUGGAGCUCUCACAUUAAGCCUUUCAGGUUCUUAUUAUCAGAUUCACUAUAGUUGAGCCAAGUAGCAGAACAGUAAUUGAAGUAAGACAUUAUGUACAAGUUGUAGGGGCACAUUUUCAAGAAAAUUGAUAGCAUGUUCUUUAGCCUGCUCAAAACAUCCAACUGCUUUCCAAUUUUCUGAGUAAUCAUGGCAAUGUGUUUGCUAAAAUUUAGCAAGUUAUUAAUAGUUACUGUUACACCUAAAAGAUCUAAAUAGUCCACAAUUGGAACCUGCACAUCAUUAAUACUUAAGGAAAGAUCACAAGGAUAGUAUUUUGGAAGAAUAAUACAUUUACAUUUCUUGGGAUUGAGCACUAGCUUAUUAUCAUCAACAGCAAGAUCACCAUUGAUUGCAGACUUUACCACCACAAGAUCACAAUCACUAAAAAAAAUUUGGUUAUCAUCUGCAUACUUGAAGAAGGAGGGUUCAGAACUCAUCUUGCCAGUAAAUUAUUUCAGGAGAACACAAAGCCUGCCAUUACAUUUCUACAGAUCUGCUAUGAUCUUUGACAUUGUUUUAAAGGCUUAUUUAGGAAGUCUGUAUGAGCACUUUGAGCAAGCUUAACGUUUGGUUUCUACAGCAGAUGUUUUCUGUGACAUAGCAAUUAAAACAUUGCUAUGUGCCUUUAUAGCUUUUCAUAACCUUCUCAUGUCAUUCAUAUAUACAUGUGCUUUGUAUCUGAUUUAACUAUCAGUGUGCUUAAUAUGGUAUGUUUUAUCAAUCAUGAACUGCAUUAAGUCCAAUUUCUCUCUGGAAGUAGGAAAAGUUUCUUACAGUCAUUUCUUCAAUUCUUGGUAUUCUGAAUAAAGAGUGUUAAAAUAAUUAUUGAACUUAGAGGGAAGCGAAAUAUUUUUCUGAUUUGUGGAGCUCUAAGGAUUAAAUGCUUAUAAUUAGGUAUCAGUUUGUAAAAAAGUAAGGCCUGUUAGGUUAUUAAAUAUGAACACCAGAUUUUUUUCUUUUGAAGUAAGCAGCUCUUACCAUUUUUUCUUAAAUUUUGAAUUCUGAACAUGAUCAUAAUUGUUUAGUAUACUGACCAAAAACAUUGAUAAGAACUGUCUCUUGUCAGUAAAUUUUUUUUAUUAAUUAUUGUUUUUUGCCAUCUGGUUUGCAGUGGUCCAAUGAUGGCCUUAUGCCUUGCAAGGGAGGAUGCUGUGGAAGGCUGGAGAGAAAUGUUGGGACCAAAAGAGAUAUCUGUAGCUGCUGAAAAUGCUCCAGACAGGUUUGUGUACAACAUGACUCUACAUUGGUAACAGCUUAUUGUUGAAUCAAAUCAUGAAGUUAUGGCUGGUAAGGAUAAUAUAUUUUAAUUAUUAAUUAUAAAUAGAAAAAUUCAAGUAUGUAGCUUAUGAAACAAAAUUGGAAUGUAAUUACUUCCAGUACCUUUGUGUAGGGCUAAGAAGAUAAAAUGAAACUUAGCUGUACAUGUACCUGUUUGUUUUUUGUUGUACAUGUGCAGUACCUGCUUUUCCUAAUUAUCAAAAUUUUGUUUAAAAGUUGUUGCAUGUCAUAUUUGGGUUGGAUCUUGGUGCAAGUAACCAUAACCACUUUUACAUAAUGUUUGUUAAUAUUGUAUUGUUUUUUACUUCUUGUAACCAGUUGUUACACAUGAGAGUUAAAAAUUGAUUUAAAUUUUCUCUAUGCAUGUAUGUCUUCAUUUAGUUGGAUGUUAACUGAAGUUAAUGUUAAAUGGAAUUUUACAGCUUAAGACAUCAGUUCCAUGUAGAGGACAGUCCUGUCAACCCUUUGCAUGGCUCUGACUCUCUGGUGGCUGCUGAGAAAGAAAUCCAACAACUCUUCCCUGUUCAAUCCACUGUGGCAGUCAUUAAACCUGAACUGGAACCUGACAAGCGAGGUAUGUCUAGUUAACAAUGCAAAUGAGUAACGAGUAAAAGUCACUGUUAGAGUCAAGUGAAGAUUUGGUAAUCAGUCAAAUGUGUUAGUGUAGCUUUUGAAACUGACUCAUCUGUAUUACAACAAAACACAUACUACAUUUCCCUUUAAUAACCAGUCUUAUCUCAUCUCUCGAAACUUUGCACUGGACUUAUGAGAAGAGUUAACUUUCCCUUGAAAGUUUGCAACUCAUCAAUGUCCGCAGUGAAAUACCAUUCAAAAUUUUGGUGCCUUGAAAGGUUGCAGAAAUUUCACGGAAAUUUUGUUGGAGCUAAAUUUCCUGGAAAAGCCAGGAAAUUCAUCAAAAUUUGUUUGCAUUACUUUGAUUUGCACAAUACUGUACACUCUCAAUUGAUGUUAUCAAGAUGGAUGUUACUUGAAAUUAGUCAGUUUCCUUUUGUAAUCUGUUUGGUAGUCAGUUUGUGUACCAUUACUUGGUUAAAUCUGAUGAGAAGAGUAAGUUUUUAGGAAUUAGUAAACCAGUUUAAAGCAAUUUGGUGUGGAAGGAAUUCAUGAUCUAUGGUUUUGUUUGAAUGUCAAGUUUACUUCCCAUCAUGGUUUUGGGAUUGUGCUAUUCAUGUUGAUUGCCAUUGUACAUAUGUAAUAUGAUGGAUAGAUCUCUAAAUUCCAGGAGCAGCUGCACACACAUGUUGGGUAGAGAGAGUUGAAAAAAUUUUUUUAUUCCCAAGUCUGUUUUUCAUUACCAGUUGUUGUAGCUCCUCAACAUGAAUUAAAAUACAAUUAUUUUCAUUACAUAGAGGAGAUCAUCCAGCACAUCAAAGAAGCAGGCUUCAAGAUUCAGAUUCAAAAAGAGGUGACUUUAACUAAGGAUUUAGCAUCACAGUUCUAUCAUGAGCAUGAAGGAAAAGAAUUCUUUGAUGGUCUUACAGAUCAUAUGGCCAGGUAUGUGUUGUUGUAGUUAGGAAAUUAAGCUAUAAUCAAUAUUUUACUGACCGGUACUUCUCAACUCUAUGAGGGCCUUUCUACCAUCAUGUGAAUUAACUUUUUUUGUCUUAGUAUGUGUUCUUACCCCAAAGUGAUUGAUAUUUUCAUGUUAACAUGCAGGAAUAGAUUUGUUUCUAAGAUAAAUAAAAGAAAAAGUUUCAAACUAAAAGUUUUGUAAUUAAUAACUUGAAUGAAAAAUAAGUAGAGUGGGAAAUUUGGGAAGGGAAUUAUGAAGCAGAAGUGAUAUGGGAACACUAUUGGCUGUUAUGUUGUAUGUAUGGAGCAGGUCCCACAUUAAAGGUUACUUAAUCAAUAUUCUUGUCUUUCCUCAGAAUUUCCCUUUUCAAAUGAAAACUACCUGAGGCUCAAUCUAUACAACUUUGUUUUUCCCAUUUCUUAGUAAUAAGGCAACGGUAUGAUUUAUUUCUUUGACAUUUCAGUGGUCCAACAUUAUUUAUGGUACUGACAAGAGAGGAUGCAGUCAGUGGUUGGAGAGCUUUAAUGGGACCCACUGACCCACAGCAAGCCUUGGAAGUCAACCCAAAAUCGUGAGUUUUUUUAUGCCAUGUCUAUAAAGGAAAGAUUUGUGAUUCAGUAUUAAUAAUAACAGUAGUGUGCAAAAAUGUUGAUAACCUUUCAAUCAUUUUAAAUCUGAGAACAGAAUGCUACAACAUAAAUCCAGUGGAUGAAUGAUCAAGUCACCAGUUGCAGAAACUUAACUCUCACCCUUAUUUGGUGGGAACCAGAAUGAUUCUUCUUUUUUCUUCAAUUUUGUUAAGUCUUCGUGCUCAGUUUGGUGUGGACGCAAUGAAGAAUGCUGUGCAUGGCAGCUCUUCUGUUGAGAAGGCAAAAGCAGUCAUAGAGGGGUUCUUUCCAGAAGUAGAAAUUUUACCUGAUGGAACUGUUGCAGGUUUGAAUCUUCAGACUGUUGAAGUUUGAUGAUAAUCACAAGCAAAUAACCCUCUUACAUGAGUUUUGGUGAUAUGCCUUUGUAAAAUAUGUGCAAAACUCCUACAUUUUUAAAAAUUCUGAUUACCUUGUAUAAGGGAUUAUGUGUAGUACUUCCAUCAUCAACAUGGAUGCAUGGGCUGUACCUAUUGGUUUUCAUGCAAAUGUUACCAUGUGUCAUUUUCAGGUGUUCUUAUAUGGUGUUUUAGUCAAGUUUUCAACCAUUUAGCCAACCAGCUUGUAUCUAGCUUUCUAUUUUUUUGCUACACAUUUACAAACCAUACUUGCAAUCAACAAUAGCAGUCUUAAUCUUUCAUUGACUUCCUAUUUCAGUGUAUUAGGUUAAGAAUUGCAUUUUAAGUGAAGUUAAAGAAAAGCUGCUUGUUGUUCAAGGUUUUUCAGUUGAUGUAUAGAAAAAAUGGAUUUAUAAAAAUUUCUAUGCUCACACUGUUAAUCAGAGAAGCUUUAAUUCUCACAAGGUUGUUUCAUUGUAGGUUACAGCUCAGGUUAGACUUGAACUGACUGUUUGUCCAAUUAAGCAAAUCUUUGUGACAAAUUCAAAGUGCAACAUAGAUGUACUAUGUUGAAGAUAGCGUUGACAUCAUGCCUGUGCUUUUAUUAUAAAAAUAACCUUUUCCAUUCUAAGGAAGAUAUUACUAAUCACUUUGUAUAUUCUCUAAAUAAAUGUAGUUCCAAAGGAGGAAUCUGAAGGUGAGAAAGAUUCAAGUGCACCAAAAGAAGAGCAAGCAAAACAAGAUCUCCAGCUGAGUGAUGGUAUGAUGGUCCUUUCUAGAUAUGUUGACCAAUUUUCAUAGAUACCAUCCAUGAGGGUAGAUAUCUCCUUUGAAAACCCAUGUACUCAUUUCUCCAUAACCUAACCCUUGUGUUUUAAAGGGGGUAAUUUUCUAAAGAAACUGUGGUGCUGGGUUGGUGGGAGAAUAUCACAUGGUAAUUUAGAGAAGUUAGUGGUCAAGCAAUUAAAAGACAAAUUAAUAAAACUGGUGCCACGAGAGUGGGAGAGUAUAACAGGAUAAUUUAUUUCACAAUUUCACAAUUAAUUUCUUUCAAAGUCUCACAAUUUCUUUCAAGUUUGACUUAAAUAGAACAGUACCUUAAAUUUGGACAAACUUUUGACUCUUGUUAAACCAUCAAUGGUUCCCGAAAAUAUCCUCAAGUAUUUGGUUAAAAAAGCAGAGAUUUAAUAAACUAACAAAAUACUGAUUGUUUAAUUUACCAGACAAGUAUUUUUUGCACAAAUUUUGCCUUUCCAUUUCAAAAGUCUUGCUUUUGUAAGCAAGGUAUUUUCUGAAUAAAUUUUUUUUAUCAUUUCUAAUUGAUUUCAAACCAGCCACAUGGAAUGAGGUUUUUUUUCUUAACAUAAUAUUGAAUUGCACAAUUUUUCAUAGCUUCCAAUAGUAAAGAUAGUUUGUGGAGGUGUAGAAAAUAGUACACUGUACUCAUGAUAUUUUUUAAACAAAGAAAUUCACAUCACCUGUGAGCACAUUGUCAAACAGGUGCACACAGUAUACAAUGCAUGUGUACAAAGUUAGUCCAUUAUUGUUGUCUGGGAGGUUUGAACAAAAGUUUUAUUCAGUUACAGAAUUGGCCUGUUACAAUCAAAUUUAUCAUAUCACACAAUGUGUUUUCCAAACUUUCAAAGAAUUUGGGUUUUUCUUUCCCACCAUGAAUGGUCACCAAGCUUUGCCUGCUUGCUAGUUCCCUUGUUAUUGAAAUAAAACAGAGCUAAGAAUUAUGUGGAGAAGUCAUUGCAGUGGAAAGUGGUAUUUAUGUUGUGGGGAGGGUAGAUGGCAAAUGAUAUUGUUUCAGUCUGAAAAGUGGAGAAAAUUUUAAUUCCUGACAUUUAAUGACUGAAGGGAAUGUUUUGUUGCUUUUCCUGAGUUUCAUUCUAUAGUGUCAUUGCAUUUUGAAAAAUGAAAAAGUUCCUCAUUUUGAUAAUUUUAAAUACUGUAGAGACAUUCAGUAAACCACUGGGAAUGGAAAAUGGAAGCAUACCCCCUGAAGCCAUCACAGCAUCAUCUGAACUUGAUGAUAAACACAAUGCUUCAAGAGCUCGCCUAAACACCAAGCCUGAAGAUGAACUGAUGGGAGCCUGGGUUCCAUCACAAAGUGAUGAAAACCAGUGGCUCCAGGUGAAUCUUGGGAAAGUGACAAGGCUGGUAAAGAUUGCUACACAAGGAGAGGCUGGGGAGUCUGCAUCACGUCAUGUGAAACAGUUUGGUUUAUCUUAUAGCCUCCAGGGAGAAGAAUUUAUACCUUAUGUAGAGGAUGCUACUGAAAAGGUAUGGCAUAACAGCUGUUUGUAGGAUCACAUUUUGCAUCAAUGUAUAUGGUAAUGUUUGUUAACUUAACAGGAAAUAUGGGAAAUAUUUACAAAUAGGUUAUACAUGUUGGGGAAAAAAAUAGGUAUCGUUUUGCUUGAUUUCUACCUACAUGUAUUAGAUUGUGUCUCAAGUGGAUGUUUAUUGUUGUGAUUAUUAACCGUUUCAGUCCUGGGAUAUCUUUAAUCAUUCUCCUUACUGUCUGCCCUUUGGUUUUUAUGAUGUUAGCUCAGAGAAUUUGGUAUUGGAUAAACUAACGAUCCCCUAAUUGGUAUUGUUCUUUAUUUUCGUAAUUUGUGUGCUUGAUAUUGUAUUGAUAUUAUAAGGAAAAAUGAUGUCUGAGUCACUCACGUGAGAUGAAGGGUUUAGAAAAUUAAUGAGGCCUCAAGCCAGAAAUGUUCAUGAGACAGACUAUUCAAAAUGUUAAGUAAUUGAAUCAGCUAUGUUUAGGGACACAGGUGUGGUAAGGGAUAAAGAGGUACGCCUACCAGUUGAACACCAACAUUGGCCAAUAUAAACAGUGUUGAUACUAGAUAAGCUCGUUUCAGAAUUAUUUUAGAUAGUUUUGAUUUGUUAUUGUAAUUAUGAACAGUUUUGGUGUUUGCACAAUAGUCAAAUUACAGUGACGUUAACCUCACACAUUUGGUUUUAGAGCCCCUCUCUAAACAAUUUUAAUCAAUAAAACAUUGAAAAAGUGACCGUAAUACAUAGAUCACAAUUGUGAGGUGGUACAGGCUGAACCUUGUUACUUUUGAGAAAUAAGAGAAGAAGAGAAUUGACAGUCUACUAAUUGAAGAGGAAGACUGUGUUUCACCUUUACUACAAACGGCAUUAUGUCACAUGACAUCAAGACUGAAUCAUUUGUUGGUAUACUACCAAAGCUAAUAUAUUUAUUUCUUGUUCCCUUGAAAAUAUAAAAGUCUUGAGAGAUCUUACCAAGUGUUAUGAUGCAGUGAGGUAAUUGGCACAGCUUUAUUGUGCAGAAAAAUACUGAUGAAGAAUUGUGAGUGCUUCGGCCUGUACCCCCUUAUUUGACCAACUAGUCCAAUUGAGGAGUAGCACUCAAGUGAUUUUUCCAAAAAAUCAGAUGCUCUUAGACAGUAAUUCUCAAGAAGCUUGGUAAUUUCAAGUAAGUAUUGAAAUGCAAGUACUUAAAUUUCUUUCAACCACUUCCAAUUCCUGCAGGUGUUUGAAGGCAAUUUAGACCAAGACAGCAUUGUAUACAACAGUCUCACAAAUCCCACAGUAACUCAGUUUGUAAGACUUAACCCAAAGACUUGGAAUGAAAACAUUGCAUUAAGAGUUGAAUUCUAUGGAUGCGAUGCAGGUAUGAUAACCAGUUAUCAUUGUUCACUAAUGUUCAAGUACAGCACUCGGAAUGGAUUUGUUCUUCAUUUCUUUUCACACUAUAUAUAUAGCUAAUAGACAGCAUUUAUAUGCUCCCUUAUCAUGUACAUGAAAAAUACAUAAAUAAACGAAUGUGGGGGUAAAGUCUACCUUGGCAUAAAGUGCUUAAUGCUGUAGUAGCAGAGCUAAGUAUACAUAAGUUAAAGGAUUAAGAGGACGCAUCGAUUCUCUGUGACUCUGAGUUUCGCGCCUAAGCGCUCGUCCGACAGAACUUUAAAUCAAGGAUUCUGCAUAAAAGUGUACUUAUGAUGCAUUAUUUAGUGCUGAGUAGUAAGUUUCUAAAGAAACCUUUGCUGUCCCUUUCAAAUUACAAUCAGUGCAGCAACAUCCCGCGGAAGCUCACCGCGGUUCAAACCAAGCCUAGCGCUGAUUGGUAAAUUUGAAAUGGCUUGCAUGCCUCAAAUACCUCUGGUCGCUGAGUUUGGCACCGAUAAUAUUGAGAUAGCUGUAUUCAUAAUUUCAGCUUCAAUUUUCUCGAGGAAAUGUUGAAGCUCAAAUUGGCGGAAGAGAUAGAGUAACAUCUCACCGAUCCAAACCCGUUGCCAGUUAGGAGAGAUUUAAGUAGUUUGGCGAUAAUUCCUGUUUGAAAUGGAGGAGGUCGCGGCUGGCUGCUACCAAGUUGUCAAGAGUAUACAGUUCACAUUUCAACUAUUUUAUCUGACAGGUUCGUACAGUGAACCACUAGGACUUGAAAAUGGACAUAUUUCCAGCGAAGCCAUAACCGCAUCAUCUGAACUUGAUGAUAAACAUAGCGCAUCGAGAGCCCGCCUUAACUCCAAGCCUGAAGGUGAAUUGAUGGGAUCCUGGGUUCCACUGCAAAGUGAUGAAAACCAGUGGCUCCAGGUGGAUCUUGGAAAGAUUUUAGAGGUGACGAAAGUUAGCAUUCAGGGUGGUGGUGAUGGUGUGAGCAUGUAUGUUACCAGCUUCAUUUUGCUGUAUAGUGAAGAUGGAGAAACCUUUCAGGAUUACCAGGAAAACAAUGCUGAAAAGGUCAGGAACAUUUGUAUGUGAUACAUUUUGACUCAGAACUGUGUCUUGCACGUGAACACUCAUCAGAAUUUUGUACCCAGUACGUUUAAACAAUGACCAUAUCAGCGGUUCCUUGGGCACUUUGAACAUCAAAUGGUGGAACCGUGAAAAUGAACGCACACAAAACUACCAGCUAUGCUUGGCUGAGUUUCACGAAAGUUCACUUAAUUACUCGCAAAAUACAUUUAAAGUACAUUUUCUGCACCCAAUUUUAACUUUUGGUUAGUUGGUUUCAGUCAGUUGAUUCAUUUUUCAUGUUGCGUCCAAAGGUGUUUGAGGGGAAUAAUGAUGGUGACACUGUCGUCAGUCAUUGGCUGGUACAACCUGUUAAAGCACGCUACUUCAGAUUGCAGCCCAAGACAUGGAAUGAACAGAUUGCGUUAAGAGUAGAGUUGUAUGGUAACACUGCACCAGGUAAUUAAUGGACUCUACAGUAAUCAAGAGAUGGUUUGCGUCUCCUUUAGAUCAAAAUAUGAUGAUGCAUUUAAGGUAGAGCAAUUCCCUUUACUGGAGCAUAAAAACCACUAGAAUUAGCCUUGCCCUAAGGUUUGGCAUAGUGGCUCAGUUGGAAGAAGCAUCCAGUUGGAUGCUGUGCCAAUCUGGGUGGCGUGAGUUUGACUGAUUUUCUCAAGUUUCUUUUUCUCCACUCUCUUUAAUUACCGUUCACGGGCAAGGAUCAUUUCAACGUUUAAAAUUUUAACUAUUUUGAAAUUCAAAGAUCAUCGAAUUGCCAUUUUGUUAAAAUCCAUAUCGUCUUUUUAUAUCUUGCCAUCCUUCCUUUGUUCUUCAAGUUUGAUAUAAGGCCUGAGUCAUUUACUUUGAAUGAGAGAGUUCUCUGACAAACGCCAGUUUGUUGGAAUUAAGGAUCCUCCUAGUAAAGUCUUUGGGGCUUGCAGGAAACAUACUCUCAGUCCUAGUUGUUACAAAAGUGGAGUAAUAUCUUGUGUAAAUAAAUAGAUAAAUGAAUGAAGAAAUAGAUAUACCGUUGUGCCUGUAGCACCCUGUGUUCCUUGUUAAUGCCAUUAACAUUUCGAUAACAAAGUAAAUCAUACUAAAUAUUUAAAGUAACUAUUUCAAAAUUUUUGUUCAAAGGUCCAGUUUGAUCUCUAUCUUCGUAAACUAACUAAUUCUUGAAUGGCGCAAGCCCUAAGACUGAAGUAAAUCAUCAUCUAAGUAGCCCAGCUUUGAAACUCUUUAUGUGGCUAAUUUAUAUCAUCAGUUGAUAAAACCAAAAUUAUCUUGUGAUACCAACGCGGCGCCACAGUUUCUGUAGAAACUUAACCCGUUUAUUUAUCAUCUAAGUAGUUAGGCUUUGCCCCUUACCAGUGGAUGAAAGCUAUCAGUCUUCUCGUUUGUAUGGUAAAAUACUCAUUGCAAGAUGGAGAUGUCCUUGAAAUUAUGUUUUUGGUAGAAAUCCGACGAUGUUUAAACUCAGUUUCUGUCAGCCGUUUGACCAUAGAGACUCAACAUUGUGAAUCUUAAUGAACUUGGUUGUGACCAUUAAUUGGCGCAAACGAACCAUUUAACCGAUUAUCCACUGAUGAAGGGCUGAGCCUGAGACGACUGGGUUUUCUUUUCAAGUUUUAAUCUGAAAUUAAGCAAUUGACAUUUACUAGUUAAAAGCUAAUAUUUUACUAAACCAUGCAUACAUUACUUUACUACCUUAGGAAGCAUAAACUAACUCGGUAAAUGACUUUAUAAUGAGAGGUUGGUGUACGAUUUAUUUCAACAUCAUAUUGAAUUAUUCAUAGAAUAAGAUAUGCUGUUAUCUUGAACUGCAGUACUUCCUGAUGGGUGUUUUAAAAACUUUUAACGUUUCUGAUAUUUGGAAAACACACCUGCAUAAUCAUAUGGGUUGUGCAAAUAACAUAAUUGACUCGAUACGAAAAGAAAAAUUAACCAACAUUUGUUUACUCAUUGUUCUCAAACCAUAAAUGUUUUAAGAGAUCUUAGAGAAUUAACUAAUAAACAUUUUGAUCUAUGUUAAGACUAAAAGCAAUCGUGUCCAUUAUACAGACUAUAUAUUAUAUAUACAGACUUUUUUUGCAGAUAUGGCCCAACUCUUACAACAAACCUCACGAGUACUCGUUGUAUUGGGAAAAUAUAACGAGUACAGAAGAUCAUUUCAUAUACCUUGAAUUUGGCUCAGGUUUAAAUUGCCAAUCUUUAUCCUUUGUGAAAUAUUUUCCUCUACAUAAAUCCCCGUCCUAACUUUGUUAAUAAACCUACAAUGCAGAGUUUCAAAGUUCCUAAGUCAAAUUGACACACGAUGUAAAGAAUUUCUCCACAAGUGGUAGUGGGUUCUGUUAAAAACUGAUGAAGUGAUUUUCAAGUCAUAUCUAAAAAUGAAAUACAAAUGCAGUGCUGUUAGACAGACCAUAACCAUAAUUUGCAGGAAGGAGUUAUUCUAACCUUGCUGUAUAAUGCUAACCCUGUGGUAAGUUUAGCAUAAAUGUUUUCUUUAAAUAUUAACGUAUCUAUUACAAUAAAGAAUUCUAUGGACGUUUCAACAUUGCCACGCGCUAAUCGUUUGUUACCUUCUUGUAAAUCAUGCUAACUUUAUAUAUUAUGUUUUUUCGGAAAUUUUUUUCAGUGGUGUUUGUGGCUUAUCAUUAAAAGUUAGCAAUAUACAACAGUUUGGUAAAAUAUGACCUGUGUUACUUUUUAAUCAUAAUGAGAGUUUUUGAACUGUGUAAAACACUUAACCAGUAACCCAGUAGCUUCACACACUAACUUCAUGAUCUAAACUAAAUUCACUUUUGGCUCCUAUGUUAUAUACAUUAAAGGGAGACAGUGAUGUUCGCCUAUCAAUAGCGCAUAAUUUGAAUUUGUCAGUGUAUUUGGAUGUUACUCAGUAUCACAUGCAAAUGACUCCUUCCAUCAUCAGGAAUGUAUUGAAAUAUCGGCCACUAAGGCACUUUGAUUUUCACUUCUACAGGUGAAAUUCAAGAAACCCUGGUGUCAGAAAAAACUGAUGGAAACGUAGAGGACACCCCUAAAGACGAGAAGUUAAUUGAACAACCUCCAUCAGAAGUCCAACAACCACCUCCAGAAGAGGGCGAAGAUGAUGGUUCAAAAGGGGUAUUAAAUGAGGAUAGCAAUGAAAGUUCUACUCAAGUGAAAGAAGACCUUCAACAAGAGGCAACUGUAGACAACCCCGAGGGUGAAAGUAAGCCUGAAAUCGUAGAUGAGGAAACAGUGGCUAAGAAAGAGGAAGAUGAACCUAGCCAGAAAGGUGAAGUAGAAGUUCCGGAAGGACAGGCCGAGAAACAAGAAGAGGGUAAUGGAGGUGGUGAAGGGGGUGCAGAAGGACUACCUGAGGAUGGACAGGUUUCUGAAGAUGUCAAGGAGAGUACUGAUGGAGAGAAAAAAUCUGAAGAGGCUGUGAAGUCUGAAGAGGCUAAAGGUGAUGAGGAUAGCAAUUCAGCUGCCGAGGAAGCAACGGCUGCAGAUGAAGGUACGGCUCCAGUUGACGAAAGUGUAGCAGAGGAGGUUAAGAAUGAGGAAGGAAAACCAAAUAACGAAGCAACUUCUUGAACAUAUCGCCUUCAUUGCUCUUUUAUCGGUGUGUUAUUUAGAUUACUUUAAUUUGGUAUGUUUUUGUAGAAUAUUUUAUUGUUGUGUAUAUACCAACUUAAAGGCUUGUGUACAGAUAUCAUGAAUAAAAUAUUGUACGUAGUUUGCAUAGAUAUAUUGGGAUAAAUUAACAAGCGAGG